AUGGCGUCCGAGGCGGCGGAGCCGUCGCGCGCCCGCGAGGAAGCGGCGGAGCGGGAGGCGUCCGAGGCGGUGGCGCGCCAGCCGCAGCGCUCGUGGGUGGCGCUCGCGUCCAUCCCCGUCGUCGUCUACGGCGCCAACGACGCGCGGGCCGAGGCGAUCGCCCCCGGCGCCGCCGACCUCCUGCUCGAGCUCCACGACCCGCCGCGCGCCUCCUACCUGGUCCUGCCCGAGCGCCUCGUCCCCGACCCGCGGUGGCGCGAGCCCAAUAACUUCGCCUACAUCAUCGCCGCCGCCCGCGACCGCCUCCUCUUCAUGGCCAGCCAGAGAGCCACCCAGGGCCGGGGCGUCCUCGACCCCGACUACUUCCUCUGCAACGUCAGCGACGGCACCGCGGCCCGCCUCCCCGCCGUGCCCGCCGACUUCCGCAUCAUGCUCUUCCCCCGCCGCACCAUGGGCCUCAUCGCCGACCCGCGCUGCCCCGGCCACUACAUGAUCGCGCAGCUCCACCCCGACGACGAGGCCGCCAUGAAGCGCCACGACGCCCUCCUCUGCUACUCCACCGCCACCGGCCAGUGGUCCGUCAAGCAGCUCGCCUCCGCCCCCGACCACGAGCCCUGGGGCGCGCACGGCGUCAUCGCCCACGGCGGCCUACUCUGGUGGGUCGACAUCGCCUACGGCAUGCUCUUCUGCGACCCGUUCGACGACCACCCGCGCCUGCGCCUCGUCCCGCUCCCGACCGGCUGCGAGAUGCACGGCCUCGGCAACAACGUCCGCCCCACCAUUCUCAUGGACCAGCGCCGCCUCAUCAGGCCAAGCCAGGGCAUGCUGCGCUACGUCGAGAUCCAGGGCCUCUCCUACGACCACGCCGACGUCGACGACCCGAUCAGCCCCGCCGUCACGAUGUGGACGCUCGUCGAUCCGGAGGGCCCGCAUCCCUGGAGGUUCGAGUGCGAGGCGUCCUUCGACGAUAUCUGGGCCCACGACAGCUACGUCGCCGCCGGUCUGCCUCAGGGGAAGGUGCCCAAGCUCGCCCUCGUCGACCCCAACAACCACGACGUCGUCUACUUCUUCCAGGACACGGCGCUCUUCGCCUUGGACGUGCGCGCGAGGCGGGUCCUUGCCUGCGAGGAAUGCUUCGUGGACCGUGUUUUCCAGGAUCCCCUAUUCCAGUACUCCCGCUUCAUCGAUGCCUGGGAGCGGGAGCUGCCACCCACGGUUCGCGGCGACGGUCGUGCUUCAUCAGACGGUGGAAGUGGGACGAAAGGGCCUGGACACGAGGAAGAAUCGGACGCGGGGACAGGAUCCGAUGAGGAAAUGGCAUCUUUGCUGAGCCAAUUGGAGGUCAUCAGGUCAAGAGCCACCCGACCAGAAGCAUUCGUUGACUGAGCUGCUGACCAUGCUUGGGAAGGACAUGGCACCACCAGCGGAACCAUCUCUCGAGGCUGAGGCGGGUGACCAAGCUGAUGAACCAUAGAUGCAUAGCUUCCAUAGGUAAGAGGCAAUGCGGAGGGCUUUCAGAUCUCGUAUAGUUACGCGUUUCAGAUGUGUAGAGUCUGCAGCUGACAUCUCGUCUGAGUUGAGUAGUACAUGAAAGUUGGGGAACCACCAGAUCGAUGGUACGAACAAGCUUGUGUAGCUCCAUUACUGCUUUCUCCGUCCGGCAUGCGUUUUUGUCUGAGAGAACAUUUUA